GCAGAAAGUAUCAGUGAUCCGAAGAAACUUAUCGUAGCAUUGCAUAAGUUUAGCUCCUGGUUUUUGAUUCGAAGUUACUGGAGAGUAACAUAGAAUUGUAAAAUUUGUAAGAAUGAUGAAGAUUGUAGCAAUUUUGGCCGUGUUGUGUGGAGUCAGUGCUGGAUACUCGCUUCCCGCACCAAAUGCUUAUAUGUACUAUCAAAGACCAGUGGCUUACAGGACCAUUCAUAGCACCAUGUAUGGACUGCAGCACGUCAGGAAUCAACAAUUCCGUAAUCAGCGCGUAUCUGAUCUUGCUCCUGGUAUACACCCGAAUGAUUGCCAACACUCAGAUUUUGAUACUGCGGAAAAUCCCAAUACGGAGUCGGAUGCUGCCGCGCAUCCUGCAGAACAGUUUCCAGUUGAGGAAGACAUGCAACAGGACGUCCCAGCUAUUUACGAAGACGUUGCUGGCGAGCCAACCGCUGAUGAAUCGCUAUCUGUUCCAGCUGCUCCAGCCAUGAUUCCAAAAAAGAAGAACAGGCCAGUUCCUGCUCAAGUCGACUCUGACGAAGAAGAGGAACAGGACGCUGAAGUCGGUCGUCGUAGAGCUGAUGAUUCUGGUGCAUCAAAUGCUUUCUUUCCCAUCAAUUUUGGAAGCGCGAAUGGUGGAGCCAUUGCCAUUGCCAACUCGUAUAGCACCGGAAAAGGAGGAUCAGCCACCAGCACUUCCAUUGCAUAUGGAAGCCCAGCAUCCAAUGAACUUAAGGGAACUUCUGCCUCGCAACUGAGAAAAAGGCCCGCCAAAUUCCGUGGCCGACAGUAAUAUAUAAGUGAUUAUAUGUUAGACUUUGCAUAGUAAUUAGAUUUUUUAUCUGUAUAGUAAUUGUAUGAGCAGUCGCAAUGAGCUUUAAACAAAGAGGUAAAAUUCAACGAUAGAUCGUGCGUGCAAUGAGAAUACAUCUUUGGCGUUAAAAUACUUAUUGUAAUGUAAAUAUGUAAAAAUGUAUCAAAUCUGUAAAUAAAUAAAAAAUAUAAAAUAAAAAAGAGCCGCUAUGAAA